UCGACAACAAUUCCUUCUCUAGGCUUCACCCUCUAAAAUCGUCAACCAUUGCUAUAUCCUUAUCAUUAUCUUUACGGGAAGCAACCUAAGCAAUCAAAGACACAGAAGGCAUAGCUUGGUGCGGGUAGAAGCCUUGAAGGUGUUAUCUACUACGUAAGACCUUUGAGACUGAGCCGUAAUGGUGGUUGUUGUUGCAUCUGCUAAGACCUAGGAAAUUGAAGAGCGACAGAAAAAACUCACUUGGCUGCAUACUGCUCUCUGACAUCAAGCAUUUCAACCUCAACAAAGAGAAAAUAGAUCAAGCUAAUUAGGAUGGAGGAUGUCGACAUUGAUGAGAGUGCUCUAAAUCCUACGCCAAGUACUCAUGUAACUGAAGAGGAACCUGUGGGGCUUGAGGAUGAUGCUGAGAAGAUAAUUAAGAUACUGACAAGAGGAAUAAGGGAACGGGAUAUUGUCUCUAUUUUGGGCAUGCCUGGUCUCGGAAAGACCACUUUGGCAAAAAAGAUAUUCAAAGAUUCUUCUAUUGUUUCUCACUUUGAUGUUCGAGCAUGGGUUACCAUUUCUCAAUCAUAUGAUGUGAGAGAGCUGCUGAGGGAUAUCUAUAAGCAAGUGACCGGUGUUAAGUGCAAUGGAGAAAAGGAGAGUGACAUAUCCGAUAUGUUGCGCAAGUGUUUAAUAGGCAAAAGAUAUCUCAUUGUCUUGGAUGAUGUAUGGGAAGCCGAGGCAUGGGAUGAGUUAAGAUUAUGUUUUUCAAUUGGUAAACAAGGAAGCAGAAUCAUGUUAACAACUCGCAUUGAACAUGUGGCAAUGGAAGUCAAGCACUGUACCGAUUCUUAUUCCCCUCGGUUCCUAACAAGGAAGCGAGCUGGAAAUUGUUACAGAAAACAACAUUUCAAAAGGAAACUUGCCCUCCUGAAUUCUGGGAUGUUGGGCUACAAGUUGCAAAUAUUGUAAAGGGCUGCCUCUUACAGUUGUUUUGAUUGGUGGAAUUCUGGCAAAGAAAGAAAGGAAUGUCGCAGAGUGGUGUGAAGUUGCAAACAAUUUAAAGUCUCAUCUUGGAGCAGUUGAAAGUGAGAGCAACUUGGCAAUACAGUUAAGUUACAGCUACUUACCGGAUCAUUUGAGACAUUGCCUUCUGACUAUGGGAGUAUUUAGGGAGGAUGAAAAAAUUGGAGCAUCUAAAUUGAUAUUACUCUGGAUGGCCGAAGGCAACAUUCAAUAUAGUGAUGAGAGAGGAUUGGAGAAAGUAGCUGAAGGUUACUUGAUGGAUCUAAUUUCUAGUAGCCUACUAAUGGUUUCAAAGACGAAUUUUGACGGCAAGGUGAAGUCCUUGCAAAUUCAUGAUCUAGUGCGUGACUUUGUCUUAAACAAAGCUAAAGAAGAAAAGUUCAUGCAAGUUAUAGGGAUACAUAACCAAUAUCAACCUUCGUAUGAUGGGGAACAUCGAGUAUGCAUUCACCUCGACCAUAAGCUUCGUCGUGAUUUGCAAACAUCCAACAACUCACUUGAUAAAUUCCUCACAAGCGGCUCCAAAAAGGAAACAUCUUUUGGACAAGAUCUUAAAUCGUUCUUCGUUACUAAUAAUGUGGAUGAUUUUCUUGCUUAUAGAGAUUUUUGGAAUAGCGAGUGUAGUUUUCAUGGUACUAUUUCUAAAGAGUAUUUAUCUCGUUCGUAUGAUCUCUCGUCAGUUGGAGACUUACGACUUGUCAGUGUCUUGGAUUUCAAGAACUGCAUUCUUGAGGAUUAUGAGGAUAUACUGCAAUCACUAGUUCAUGUGAGAUACCUUAGAAUGUGUUGCGAAGAGUUUUCUUUCAAGUGGGUGUCACACUUGUGCAACCUGGAAACUUUGUUGGUGGAUUCUAAUAGAACAGUUGAGGGGACACCUCAUAUUUGGAAAAUGACGAAACUAAAGCAUGUGCAGAUUCUAGCAAUCUUAUAUCGUGAGAUGAUUGUAGUUUCUGAAGAAGGUCCAUCUAAGUUGGAGAAUUUGAGGACAUUUGAAGGCAUGACACUUGAGGUUGAUUCUGAGGAAGAUAUAGAAGUGCUAAUUGAGAGGUUUCCCAAUCUUCAAGAACUUACACUCGUAGUUGGUAAUGAUUCUGGUGAAACAAAGUUUCUCGUUCUGAAAUUCGAAGUUCUUACACAACUUCAGUCACUCUUUCUUCAUUCGAUGGACACAUUUGUUAUCACCAAGUAUUAUUUACCUUCAAGCCUCAAAGAGUUGAUCCUCCACCAAGUUAAGAUACCAGCAUGUGCAGCUUCCACAAUCGCUGGGUUACCCAACCUUCUAAGACUGAAAUUCCAAGAUUACUGUAGAUUCAACCAAGAUGAGUGGGACGUGAGAGAUGUGGAGUUCCCGGUGCUCAAAAUCUUAAAAUUUCGAGAUGUUCCUCUUAGGCAAUGGCAUGUCUCAGAAUCAUCAUUUCCCGUGCUUGAGAGCUUAGUGCUAAGACGUAUUGGAUUUCUUGAGAAGAUUCCUGAGAGUUUUGUGGAUGUUGAAACGCUUACAUCAAUCAAGGUGAUCCAUUGUAAACAAAACUCCCUCAAGGCUUCAGCUUUGGAGAUUAAGGAAGAAGUGGAUGCAACUGCAGGAUGUGACAAUCUCGACGUCUAUAUUUUUCCUCCUUACUCUCGCAUUACAGAUGAUCAGAUGUCUGAGUUCAAGGAAGCCUUCAGCCUAUUUGACCAGGAUGAGGAUGGAUUUAUUACUGUAGCUGAUCUUCGCCGUGUCAUGGCAAACGGAGACAAGCCACCUACAGAUGAAGAGGUUGAGGAGAUAAUUCGUGAAGCUGACGUGGAUGGUGAUGGACGGAUCAACUGUGAGGAGUUCGUCAACUACAUGAUGGCCAUGAAAAGCGCCGAAGAACAGGGAUCGGAUGAGGAAGAAGAAAUGGAAGAGGAAUAAAAACAAGAAGAGAUGAAAGAGGAUGAGGAGGUGGAGAAGCUAAGGAAGACGAAGCAAAUUAACGCAGAAGAGAAAGAGGACGAGGAAGAAGAAGAGUAAGCAGAAGAAGAAGAACGGAGGAGAAAAGAAAGAAGAAUAAUUUAAAAAAUAGAGCACCAUUGUUGGAUUGUCUUGAAUGCGUACACUAAAUAAGUUUAUUUGUCAAAAUCAUAAAGUUCUAGAAUCGUGCAUUCAUGUCUAUAAAUUGUGUUAGAUUGUUUAAAGUUUUCAACUUGUGAACAAGUAAUUCCUUACCAACCAUACUAGCUUCACCCAUGAGAGGUAUGGUUUGCUCAUUUACUGAUCAAACUUUUGAUGGAAAAUACUUUUUAUUGUUCGCCCAUGGAGUUA